AUGACGUCUGACGCUGGAAAAGCGCGUAUCACGCCGAGACAGUACAAGACUUCUGCUGCGCUGGGUGAUCAUAUCAUGACGAACUGGGUGUCCAACCCCACGCAGCUUUACCACGAGCUCAUGCACUGGUUCGGUGGUGUUGACUCCAACUUGAAGCACAUCAUAAAGGACCAGGUCGCUGUUAACGAGAAGGGCUACUUGAGGUACAAGGACAAGAACAACCAGGCCGAAUACUACACCCGUCCACCUUCUCAGCAAGAACUCAACCAGAAGGGUCAAAGAAAGCAGGGGGCGUAUGGCCUCCGUUGGAUUAUGAACUUGGCGCGCACUUAUAAAGACAAGAAUGGCAACACAAGCCCUUAUUCUGGUCCUAAGCUGGCCACCAAGAACGCUGACUCGUUGGCAGUAUUUUCCUUCAUGAUGUACCUAGAUCAAUUUGAUUGGUCCAAGAAUGGUGAUGCUCAAGACUUUACCCGUCUCAGGAACAAGUUGGGGUUGAACCCUUAG